GAUUUGAUCUAAACAGAAACUUAAUUUGUUCAGUUCAGUAUAGUUCGCGUUGGAAUUUGUUAUUAUUGUAUACAAGUCCUAGUAGUAGUGGUCAAGCCGCACUCUUCAACGAUUGCCAGAACAUAAACUAGAGGACCACAACAAUUAUCAAUAUUAUCUCCAACGUAAAAAACUACAAUAAUGAAUUCUGCUUAUUUUAUGUUAUUGGUAGCAGUAGCUGUAAGUACAGUCAAAGGUCACGGGGUGCAUUCAGUCUUAAACACACCUUCUUCAAGCCAGUACCACACACAAGAUGAUCUUGGUCAAUACUCGUAUGGUUACUCGAGUGAUCUUUCUUCAAAACAAGAACAACGAUCCGCCGACGGGGUUACUCGUGGUGGCUACUCCUACGUUGAUGCCAACGGAAUAGUUCAGUCUGUAGCUUAUAUUUCAGACCCUAUCAAUGGCUUUCGUGCUUCUGGUACCAACUUCCCGAUUGAUAACUCUGCAGCAGUAAUCCCUGGACCAGUACCAGCUUUACCAGCAGUAACUCAUACCGCUUUACCAAGCAUUGAAACUGCUGAAUCUCCAGCUGUUAUAGAUGUUCGUCGUUUAGACACCGUUCCAGCUCCCGCCGUCGUGCUCUCUGCUCCAAACGUCCGUUUACAUCAAGCAUUGACACCAGCUGGAACCAGCAACUUGCAUUAUUCACCAUCUCACUCAUCACUUUUGUUGGGCCGCAGAAAGCGAAGCUUGUACUACUCUGUUGCACCAGUUCCAGCUCACGUAGUCUCAGUCAAACACGCUGCUGUUCCAUUGUACGGAGCUACAUCUUACACCAGUGUAGUUAGACACGAUCCAAUCAAGUAUGCUGCCAUACCCGUUGUCGACCAUUACCCUGCACCAUUGGUUCAACACUACCCAGUUGUCAUUCCUGCCGUCAAACAAUACCCUGUUCCUAUUGUACCUGCACCAUCAGCAUCUUUACCAGCUGUUAACUCUCAAUAUCAUUCUCAAGAUGAAUAUGGUCAGUAUGUCUAUGGAUAUACUGACGGAUUCUCAGCUAAAAAUGAGGUCAGAAAUGCUGAUGGAGAAACUAAAGGAAGCUAUUCAUACGUGGAUGACAAUGGUCAUUUGCAAGCAGUCCAAUACACCGCUGGUCAUGAAGGAUUUAAAGCUAGUGGUACCACCAUUCCUGUACACCAUGUCUGAGCGUCUUCAUACUAAUACAACAACUACUGUCCUAUUGGCAAUGUAAAUUUUUUCAAAAUGUAAUUUUAUGCUUUAUUUUCUGUCUAAUAAAAAUUUUUAUUAGUUGUAA